CCGGGGAACCCCGGGAGGCUGAGGCGGUGGCGGCGGCGGCUGCAGAGCUAUGGUUGGUGACGCGCGGCCUUCAAGGGUUCGCGCUGGCGGCUGCCCGGGCGCGGUAGGAUCCCAGACGAGCUCCCGCGCGCCGCGGCCACCGCUCCCGCCUCUCUCCUUCCUCUUUGUGUUGUUCCUAGCGGCGCCCUGCGCUUGGGCGGCGGGAUACAAGACAUGCCCGAAGGUGAAGCCAGACAUGCUGAAUGUACACCUGGUGCCUCACACACAUGAUGAUGUAGGCUGGCUCAAGACGGUGGACCAGUACUUUUAUGGCAUCUACAAUAACAUCCAGCCGGCGGGCGUACAGUACAUCCUAGACUCUGUCAUCUCUUCCUUGCUGGCGGAUCCUACCCGCCGCUUCAUCUAUGUGGAAAUCGCCUUCUUCUCCCGGUGGUGGCACCAGCAGACAAAUGAAACACAGAAAGUCGUGCGGGAUCUGGUGCGCCAGGGACGCCUAGAGUUUGCCAACGGUGGCUGGGUGAUGAACGAUGAGGCGGCCACCCAUUAUGGAGCCAUCAUCGACCAGAUGACACUUGGGCUGCGCUUCCUGGAGGAGACGUUCGGCAGCGACGGGCGCCCCCGUGUGGCCUGGCACAUCGACCCAUUCGGCCACUCUCGGGAGCAAGCCUCACUGUUCGCGCAGAUGGGUUUUGACGGCUUCUUCUUUGGACGCCUGGAUUAUCAAGACAAGAGGGUGCGGAAAGAGGCACUGCAAAUGGAGCAGGUGUGGCGGGCCAGCGCCAGCCUGAAGCCUCCCACCGCGGACCUCUUCACCAGUGUGCUCCCCAACAUGUACAACCCGCCGGAAGGUCUGUGCUGGGACAUGCUGUGUGCCGACAAGCCCUUUGUGGAGGACAUGCGCAGCCCGGAGUACAACGCAAAGGAGCUGGUCGAUUACUUUCUGAAGUUGGCCACUGACCAGGGUAAGCUCUACCGCAGCAAACACACGGUGAUGACCAUGGGCUCAGACUUCCAGUAUGAGAACGCCAACUCGUGGUUCAAAAAUCUUGACAAGCUCAUCCAGUUGGUCAAUGCCCAGCAACAGGCCAACGGGAGCCGCGUCAAUGUUCUCUACUCCACUCCUGCCUGUUACCUCUGGGAGCUGAACAAGGCCAACCUCAGCUGGUCAGUGAAAAAGGAUGACUUCUUCCCCUACGCUGAUGGCCCCUACAUGUUCUGGACCGGUUACUUUUCCAGCCGGCCUGCCCUCAAACGCUACGAGCGCCUCAGCUACAAUUUCCUGCAGGUGUGCAACCAGCUGGAGGCGCUGGCGGGUCCGGCAGCCAACGUGGGACCCUAUGGCUCCGGGGACAGCGCACCCCUCAAUGAGGCGAUGGCGGUGCUCCAGCACCACGAUGCAGUCAGUGGUACCUCCCGGCAGCACGUGGCUGACGACUACGCCCGCCAGCUUUCCGAAGGCUGGGGCCCUUGCGAGGUUCUCAUGAGCAAUGCGCUGGCGCAUCUCAGCGGCUCCAAGGAGGACUUCGCCUUUUGUCGCAAGCUCAACAUCAGCAUUUGUCCGCUCACCCAGACAGCGGAGAGAUUCCAGGUGAUCGUUUAUAACCCCCUGGGGCGGAAAGUGGACAGGAUGGUGCGGCUGCCUGUCAGCAAACACGUUUACCUCGUGAGGGACCCCGGUGGCAAAACUGUGCCCAGCGAUGUGGUUCCGAUUCCCAGCUCAGACAGUCAGGAGCUGCUUUUCUCAGCCUUAGUGCCUGCCCUGGGCUUCAGCAUCUACUCGGUAUCCCGGAUGCCUAACCAAAGCCCCCAGAAGUCCUGGUCCCGUGUCUUGGUCAUCCAGAAUGAGUACCUCCGGGCUAGGUUUGACCCUGACACAGGGCUCUUGAUGGAGUUGGAGAACCUGGAGCAGAAUCUCGUGCUGCCUGUUCGCCAAGCCUUCUACUGGUACAAUGCCAGUACAGGUAACAACCUAAGCUCCCAGGCCUCCGGUGCCUACAUCUUCAGACCCAACCAGAAGAACCCACUGUUCGUGAGCCGCUGGGCUCAGACCCACGUUGUGAAGACAGAGUGGAGUUCACCUGUUCUUGACAUCUCCCAACUGUCCUCAGCAGUCUCCACUGUCCCUGUGGGGCCUGCCUGGGAGCUGGGGCUGGCCAGCAGUGCAGCCCCUCACUCACCCUUUACCCCCCAGGAUGGGAACAUGCAGCUGACUGUGCUGACUGACCGAUCCCAGGGGGGCAGUAGCCUGAGAGAUGGUUCCUUGGAACUCAUGGUGCACCGAAGGCUGCUGAGAGACGAUGCACGCGGAGUUGGGGAGCCGCUGACCAAGGAGGGGUCGGGGCUCUGGGUGCGAGGACGUCACCUCGUGCUGUUGGAUAAAACGGGGAUUGCGGCCGCCAGGCACCGGUUACAGGCGGAGAUGGAGGUCCUGGCCCCGCAGGUGGUGCUGGCGCGAGGUGGCGGCGCGCGGUAUCGCCUCGAGGUAGCCCCACGCACGCAGGUGAGGAGCCUCGGGCGUGGUCACCCCAGCAGUCUCGGCCCAACCCUAACAUUGGCCCGCUGGGGCCCGGAGACGGUGCUGCUGCGCUUAGAGCACCAGUUCGCCGUAGGGGAGGACUCGGGCCGCAACAUGAGCUCCCCGGUGACCCUGGACUUGACGAACUUGUUCUCCGCCUUCACCAUCACCCACCUGCGGGAGACCACGCUGGCAGCCAACCAGCUUCUGGCCUACGCCUCCAGGCUCCAGUGGACAACGGACACGGGCCCCACACCCCAUCCUUCUCCUUCCCGUCUGGUCUCCGCCACCAUCACACUGCAUCCCAUGGAAAUUCGUACCUUCUUGGCUUCAGUCCGAUGGGAGGAGGACGGCUAGACCCACUGGAUACAAGAUUCCCGGCUUCCAGCCUGAGUUCUCUCUCCUCCGGGGGCGGGGCCCACUCUCCCCCUCCUCUUGUUGCUGUUGCUACCACCAAUGAAAGCCUUUAAAAUGUCACUACCAAGGCUCAAGUCAA